AUGGUUCACGCUCCCAGAAACUCCGUUCUCGCUCCCGGUGUCAGCCGUCUCAGUCGUUCUGCUGUUUAUGCCAAGAAGGCCAUGUACAAGCGUAAGCACACUGCCGUCGCUUCUCCCGUCAAGUCUGCUACCACUGACAAGACUGUUGAAGUCAAGGGCGGUAAGAACGGUGCUAAGCGUACCGUUCCUGCCCAAAAGGCUUCUCGUUUUUACCCCGCUGAAGACGUUCCUCAACCCAAGUUAGGUCGUAAGACUGCCAAGAAGACUGCUCUUCGUUCCACCAUCACUGCUGGUACUGUCGUCAUUCUUCUCGCUGGUCGUUACCGUGGAAAGCGUGCCGUUGUCUUGAAGCAACUUGAUUCUGGUCUUCUCCUCAUCACUGGCCCUUUCAAGAUCAACGGUGUUCCCUUGAGACGUGUCAACCAAGCCUAUGUCAUUGCUACUUCCACUAAGCUUGACCUUUCUGCCGUCAAGGUUGAUGAAAAGAUCAAUGACAGCUACUUCAAGAAGGCAGCCAAGACUGACAAGGCUUUCCUCGAAACCGAGUCUAAGAAGGCUGCUUUCCCUGAAUCCAAGGCUGCUGAUCAAAAGACUAUUGACAAGGCUCUUUUAGAAGUUGUCUCCAAGACUCCUUUCCUCCGUCAAUAUCUUGGUCAAACCUUUGGUCUUCAAAAGGGACAAUUCCCUCACAACAUGAAGUUCUAA